AUCUAUCGCGCUUGGAGGCAUGGAGUAAUUAAUACUCACUGCAGGUUCUGAUCAGUUUUAAAACUGGAGGCAAGAAGAAGCGGGGAAGAAGGAUCGUUUUUCUCGCUUGCAUCUUUUGUGAUGGCUUCGUAGCAUUGAUACCGGUAGAAUCCCUAACCAAUGGGCGGAAGGAUGGCUUCCGUGGGCGGGCUUUAAGAAUGGCCUUGAAUAGGCGCACGAAUUCAAGGGGCUUCUGCCCAAUGUCCUUGCAAACGCGGAGGCACAGAGUGGCGGAGCUGUCAGUCUUCAUCUCUCGGACGAUCUUCUUCCCAGACCAUUGGGAAAACGAUGCCCAUGUUGGCAGAAGGGGGCUUGGCUUAUUGCAUUGGCAUCACUUUGCUUUGUCUAAGAGAGUUUGCAGCUGAGGCUUCGGGAUGGACAGCAGUGAGAAAUACAGUCAGUCCCCAGAUGCCCCAUGAAAUUAUAAUCCCUCAGUGGAGAGCGGAUGCAAACUCGGCCAACAACAAGCAUCCAUCAAGAGCAGAACUCAGGAUAACAGCUGAAGGAAGAAACUUUAUUGUCGAUGUUGAAAAAAACGAGGAUCUCUUUGCACCAGACUACACUGAAACUCAUUAUACCAAAACUGGAACAGCCCAAACCAUCUGCUUGAACAAAACAGAUAAUUGCUUUUACCAUGGUCGAGUGAGGGCCAUUCGUGAAUCAAGUGUGGUGCUCAGCACAUGCAAAGGUCUACGUGGCCUUAUAGUUAUAAGCAACAACCUCAGUUACGUCUUAGAACCUCUUCCUGGUAGCCAGGAGCAUCACUUCAUCUACAGGUCUGAGCAUCUCAAAGUUCCUCACGGAAGCUGUGGAAAUGAGCAUUUGGAGUCAAAGGUGACAGAUUGGCUUGCAGAGUUGACAGGCCGAACCGAACCCCAUUAUCACAGGGUAUGUCUGAGUUAUUCCUCUUAUCUUACAGGAUGUAGCAACAUCAUCCUGUGAUGUUUUCCCUGUGAGGGAGUAAAGAAAAAUAAGGUAGUGCAUUUUUUUAAGCUUUCAAAUUGCUCUACAUGGGCUAUUCCAACAAUCAUUCAAUUGCCAACAGUUAGAAAAUACAGACUAGUUUAUUAUCUCAAUGCUGACGGAUGGAAAGCUGAAGCUGAGAAAUAAUAGGUAGUCCUUGCUUACUGACCACUCAUUAAAUAACCCUUUGAAGUUGCAAUGGUGCUGAACAAGUGAUACUGAAAAUGGUUCUUGAAAUUCUGGCUGUUGCAAUGUCCCUGCAGUCACAUGACUGUGAACUGGCUGCUUGCCAACCAUCUCACAAUUAUGAGUGCCCCACAGUCAUGUGAUUACCAAUUGUGACCUUCCCUGACAGCUUCCCACAAAUAUAAUCAAAGGGGAAGCUGGCAGGGAAAGUUACAAGUCACUCAGGUAAAUUUAUCUGCCCAGACUCAAAAUCACUCAUGUACAUCACUGCAACCACUGCUAUCGCAACAACCCAUAUGUCCCCUUCAGAGGUGGGUUCCUACCAGUUCGCACCAGUUCGGUAG